UGAAGCGGAAAUCUCCCUAUCUAGCCUUUACCGUUAGUGACUAAAUGUGAAAAGGUCUCCUCAGAACUUUUAGUUUUUCGACUGCUAUCUCGUAGAUAGUCGAUUUCAUAUCAAUGGAAGAUUAUAAGUAUCUAUUCAAAGUUGUUUUGAUUGGAAAUGCUGGAGUUGGGAAAACUUGUUUGGUCAGAAGGUUCACUCAGGGAAUAUUUCCUCCUGGGCAGGGAGCCACAAUUGGAGUUGAUUUCAUGAUCAAAACAGUUGAAAUUGAUGGACUUAAAAUAAAGCUGCAGAUCUGGGACACGGCUGGGCAAGAGCGCUUUAGAUCGAUAACCCAAAGCUACUACAGAUCGGCACAUGCACUUAUUCUCGUGUAUGACGUAAGUGCUCAACCAACUUUUGACUGUCUGCCAGUCUGGUUAAGAGAGGUCGAAGAAUAUGCAAGCCCCAAAGUUCUCCGAGUCUUAGUUGGUAACAAAGUCGAUCGUGAUGAUCGAGAAAUUCCGCCAGCAGUUGGAGAGGCGUUUUCACGAAUGAAUAACAUGUACUUCAUCGAAACUUCAGCAAAGGAUUGCAGCAACGUUGACAAACUCUUUCAGGAAAUAGCCAGAGAACUUAUCCAGACAAUGCGAAACCAACGCCAGGAAACUAGUCAGGACGCCAACUCCAAUGAUGGACCCGUUGGUCAACAGGAGACAACUCACCUUGAUGGCGCUUCCGAAAAGUCAUGGUCAGAAUCCAAUUGCUGCAAGUCUUGAUCUUCCGGUAAAAUGAUCUCUGAAUAGCUUUAAUUCCGUGCGAUGUUGUGCUAAUGUGUUUGGUGAUGAUCCCCUAUUCAUAUUAUAACUAUCCUUAAAAAAAAACCCUAAUGUAUUCAGUAUUUUGACCCCGGCCCAUUGGCAUUGUUUGAUGUUUUUAUUGUCUCGUCUUUCAGUUAAAAAACUGAACGUGAAAUGGUUUUGAUCCGAGGUUUCGUAAUCUCAAUAAUAUUCUUGUCCUGUUAAACGUACAUUACAUUAAGUCCUAGUGAUGUGUGUAAAUUGUAAAUAUCCUUUAACCAAUAUGAUCUGCUUAUUACUGUAUGUCUUACCUAUUAUAAUCGGAACACAAAUUGUAUGUUGGUUUCGUGAGUUUGGAUCACAAGAAAAUAUAUCCAUUCCUGGUGAA